UGAUAGCCUAUCUUAUCUUCUGCAAAGUCACGUCAAGUAUCGAAUAAUUUUCUAAGAAGAAUUUCUUAAAGUGGAUUUGCAUCUCCAAAGAACAUGAUUAUUUCAAAUUUAAUUCAACGAAUACACGAAAAAUGGUUCAAUGUUCAAAAAAAAACUACUGAAGGAGUUCAGUCAGCAAAAGAUGCUGUAUUUCGAGGUGGACUGAUAAUUAUCUGUGCUAUACUUAUAAUAUGGAUUUCAAUUUUUUUAUACACAGCAUUUUAUUAUGCAUAUAUGCCAAAUAUGACGUAUGUCAGGCCAGUUCAUCUACAAUUUGAAUCAUGCGAUCAAGAGAAAGGUGUGUGCAGUUAUCCAUCGGGAUAUGUUCAGUUGACAAAGAAACAACAACUGUUAAUGGUUGGACAACCGUAUCGAGUGAAUUUACAAUUAGAAAUGCCUGAAUCCCCUGCCAAUAAAGAACUUGGCAUGUUUAUGGUUUGUGCACAAUUACGCAGUCGAGAUGGAGUAUUGGUUGAACAUGCCUGUAGGUCUGCUAUGCUACAUUAUCGCAGCUCCUUACUACACAUGUUAACAACUUUCACUUUUUCACCUAUGAUGAUAUUUGGAACAACUGAAGAAAAACAAAAUAUCGUUCUUGAAUUAUUUGGUAGUUUUGAGGAAGAUCAAAGUCAUCCAGUAACCAUUAUUUAUGUUGAAAUUCAAUCUCGUCACAUCGAGUUCUAUUCCGCAUCUAUAAUGAUAAAUGCUCAUCUAUCUGGUUUACGAUAUUUGAUGUUUCAUUGGCCCCUAUUAUCAGCUAUUGUUGGCAUUAGCACCAACUUGUUUUUCAUAGUACUAAUUUGUAUAUUAUCGUAUAUACAUUUUGCCAGCGAAGAAGAAAAUUUUGACGAAACCUUUAGUUAUGAGAAAGGUGAAGUGAAUGAAGAAAAGAAUAAAACACUAUCCGAUGACUCAAACUCGGAUGUUCCUUCUGUUGAACACAUAUCAUUACAGGAAGAAAUGUCAGAAGGUGAAAGUUCACUGCAUGUAACAGAUCCAAUUUUAGGUAAAUCAAGUUUUAUCGAAGAUAUUACAGACAAAGUUCAAAUUAACUAAUUACAUAGUUCACUUACUGUAUGUAACAUUGUACAUUUGUAAAAAAGAGAUAUAGACUGUUGUUACCAAUUAUAUCUAUAUGAGGGAGGGGGGAUUGUUUGAUUUUAUACUAAUAUAGUAUAAAUUUUUGACAUCUUUAUUAUAAAAGUCAGCUUACAUUCCAAUUAAUGAUUUGUGAUAUAUGUUUUUUCAAUAUU